UGGAACUCGGGGCCUGACUGAGUCUCCGGGGGCUUCAGGCACCCCAAAACAGCCCCUUAACAUGGGUCUGGAGGCCCCAAGGCAGCUGGCUACAGAGGAGGCCCCGGUCCUGGUGGCCCUGCGUGUCCGCCCGCUGCUGCCGAAGGAACUGCUUCAUGGCCACCAGAGCUGCCUGCUGGUGGAGCCGGCUGAGGGCCGCGUCACGCUGGGCCGAGACCGCCACUUCAGCUUCCACCUGGUGCUGGACCAGGCUGCAGGGCAGGAGGCUGUGUACCAGGCCUGCGUGCAGCCACUUCUUGAUGCCUUCUUCGAGGGCAUCAACGCUACUGUCUUUGCCUAUGGCCAGACGGGCUCGGGCAAGACCUACACCAUGGGGGAGUCCAGUGUAGCCUCCCCCCACGAGGACGAGCAGGGCAUCAUCCCCAGGGCCAUGGCCGAGACCUUCAAGCUCAUCGAUGAGAAUGAUCUGGACUGCCUGGUGCACGUGUCCUACCUGGAGGUCUACAAGGAGGAGUUCCGCGACCUGCUGGAGGUGGGCACGGCCAGCCGGGACAUCCAGCUCCGGGAGGACGAGCGUGGGAAUGUCGUGCUGUGUGGAGUGAAGGAGGUGGACGUGGAAGGCCUGGACGAGGCGCUGAGCCUCCUGGACGUGGGCAAUGCGGCCCGGCACACGGGUUCUACCCACCUCAACCGCCUGUCCAGCCGCUCGCACACUGUCUUCACCGUGACCCUGGAGCAACGGGGCCGAGCUCCCAGCCGCCUGCCACGGCCCCCGCCGGCCCAGCUGCUCGUGUCCAAAUUCCACUUCGUGGACCUGGCGGGCUCGGAGCGUGUGCUCAAGACGGGCAGCCGCGGGGAGCGACUCCGGGAAAGCAUCCAGAUCAACAGCAGCCUCUUGGCGCUGGGCAAUGUCAUCAGUGCCCUGGGUGACCCCCAGCGCCGAGGCAGCCACAUCCCCUACCGCGACUCCAAGAUCACACGGAUCCUCAAAGACUCCCUGGGUGGCAAUGCCAAGACAGCCAUGAUCGCCUGUGUCAGCCCCUCUGCAUCUGACUUCGACGAGACCCUCAACACCCUCAACUAUGCCAGCCGCGCGCAGAACAUCCGCAACCGUGCCACCGUCAACUGGCGACCUGACGUCUCUGCCCAGCGUGCCACCGAGGAGGCAGCGGGCACCAGCGUGCCUGUGCCACCGCGCCACCGCUCCGAGACGCGCAUCAUACACCGAGGCCGCUGUGCUCGCUCGGGCCCGGCCAAUGCCAGUGCCAACGCUGCCUCGGUCUCCCUCUCGGUGUCCUCCGAGGCUGCCCCGUGCCUGGGCUCCGAGUGCGCACGGUACCGGGCCCGAAGCGACGCCGCCUGCAGCCUCCUGCGCCAGCUGCAGAGCGAGCCUGGACUGCCUGGCACCGCGGCCCGCAAGGUCCGUGCCUGGCUGUGCGCUUUGGAUGGCGAGCGCAGCACCUUGAGCUCCGCGUCGGGGCCCGACAGUGGCAUCGAGUGUGUGUCCUCGGAGGAGCCAGGGCCGCAGGGGCCCCGAGAGGGUCAGGAGGAUGAGGCGGCCCCACAGCUGCUGGCCCUGCAGAGCCAGGUGGCCCGCCUGGAAGAGGAGAACCAAGAUUUUCUGGCAGCGCUGGAAGAUGCCAUGGAACAGUAUAAAUUGCAGAGCGACCGGCUACGGGAACAGCAGGAGGAAAUGGCGGAGCUGCGGUUGCGGCUGGAGCUGGUGCGGCCUGGCUGGGGCAGAGCUGGGCUCCCUCCAGCCGACUUCUUCUUGCCUCGACCUCACACUGCCCCCCUGGGGGGUACCCAGGGGCUUGUGCUGGGCGCGGUACCACCAGCCUGCGUCUCCAAAAAGGAAGCUGGGCCUGAGAACUGGCGAGAGGUGACAGGGGACAAGGAGCCUGGGACUGUGCUGCUGUCAGAGACGGACCGAUUGGAAAGAGGCUCUUCCACCUCGGAGGAGGAGGAAGAGGAGGACGAGGAGCUGAAGCAGGACCUGGCGUUUGGAAGAAACGGCCUCAGCAAGUGGGAACAGAGGGAGAGCCACACGACCCUCGUGGGACCCCGAGCAGGAGAGAGCCAGGCCGCCCCUUGGCCCCACCAGCCCCCGGCUGCCUCAGCCUCCGAGUGGCGUUUGGCUCAGGCGCAGCAGAAGAUUCGAGAAUUAGCCAUCAACAUCCGCAUGAAGGAAGAGCUCAUUGGAGAGCUGGUCCGCACAGGGAAGGCGGCCCAGGCCCUUAACCGCCAACACAGCAGGCGCAUCCGGGAGCUGGAGCAGGAGGCCGAGCGCGUGAGGGCCGAGCUGAGCGAGGGGCAGCGGCAGCUGCGGGAAUUAGAGGGCCGGGAGCCUCGGGAUGCCAGUGAGCGGUGCCAGCUCCAGGAGUUCCGCCAGCGGGUGGCCGCUGCUCAGAGUCAAGUGCAGGUACUGAAGAAGAAGAAGCAGGCGACCGAGCGGCUGGUGUCGCUGACGGCGCAGAGCGAGAAGCGGCUGCAGGAGCUGGAGAGGAGCGUGUAUCUCAUGCGGCAGCAGCAGGGCAAGCUGCAGAGGCGCCUGCGUGAGGAGACGGAGCAGAAGCGGAGACUGGAGAUGGAGAUGAACAAGAGGCAGCACCGUGUUAAGGAGCUGGAGCUAAAGCAUGAACAGCAGCAGAAGAUCUUGAAGAUCAAGACGGAGGAGAUCGCUGCCUUCCAGAGGAAGGGACGCAGUGGCAGCAAUGGCUCCGUGGUCAGCCUGGAGCAGCAACAGAAGAUCGAGGAGCAGAAGAAGUGGCUGGACCAGGAGAUGGAGAAAGUGCUGCAGCAGCGACGGGCGCUGGAGGAGCUGGGGGCCGAGCUGCACAAGCGAGAGGCUAUUCUGGCCAAGAAGGAGGCCCUGAUGCAGGAGAAAACGGGCCUGGAGAGCAAGCGCCUCCGGUCCAGCCAGGCCCUAAGCGAGGACAUCGUCCGGGUAUCCAGUCGCCUGGAGCACCUGGAGAAGGAGCUUUCGGAGAAGAGCGGGCAGCUGCGGCAGGGCAGUGCCCAGAGCCAGCAGCAGAUUCGUAGUGAGAUCGACACCCUGCGCCAGGAGAAGGACUCGCUGCUUAAGCAGCGGCUGGAGAUCGACAGCAAACUGCGGCAGGGCAGCCUGCUGUCCCCUGAGGAGGAGCGAACACUCUUCCAGCUAGAUGAGGCCAUCGAGGCCCUGGAUGCCGCCAUCGAGUACAAGAACGAGGCCAUCACGUGCCGCCAGCGGGUGCUGCGGGCCUCCGCGUCGCUGCUGUCGCAGUGCGAGAUGAACCUCAUGGCCAAGCUCAGCUACCUGUCGUCCUCGGAGACCAGGGCCCUGCUCUGCAAGUACUUCGACAAGGUGGUGGCGCUGCGGGAGGAUCAGCACCGGCAGCAGACGGCCUUCCUGGAGCUGGAGCUGCAGCUGGAGGAGCAGCAGCGCCUGGUGUUCUGGCUGGAGGCGGCCCUGGAGCGGCAGCGUCUGCAGACGGACCGACAGCUCACCCUGCAGCAGAAGGAACAUGAGCAGAGCAUGCAGCUGCUACUGCAGCAGAGCCGAGAUCACCUAGGAGAAGGGUUGGCUGACAGCAAGCGGCAGUAUGAGGCCAGGAUUCAGACUCUGGAGAAGGAGCUGGGGCGCCAUAUGUGGCUGAACCAGGAGCUGAGACAGAAGCUGGGUGCUCAAGCUGGGGCCCAGGGCAGGGGUGGGGACAAGCGGGCCGUGUGCCUGGAGAGCCGGCAGCACCCCAGUGUUGAGGAUGAACUCCACGCAGUGGCGCCCGAACUGCCCUGUCACUCGGAGGGCACCGGCCGUGGCCCCUGGGAAGAGACGAGGGACUUGGUCCACGCCCCGUUACCUCUAACAUGGCGGCGCUCCAGUGCGUGCAUUGAGGAGCAGGCUGGCUCUGAGGAUCUAAGGCAGCGGGAGGCAGUGGAGCCCCCCCUGGGCCCGCCUUGGAGCCUCGCACCCUUGGCCAAGCCCCGUCGAAAGGCCAGCCCCGGGAUGAUCGAUGUCAGGAAGAACCCCCUGUAGGCCACAGGCAGGGCCACCUUCCUGGAAAGGACCAGGAGCUCAGAGCGGGGCCA